AUGUCCAUCAACAAAUUUACGAGCACUAUUCUCUUCGUCCUGUUCUCUCUUGUUGCCUUCGUCUCUGCACUCCCGGUCCACAUUGCGCGCGACGUGUGGGACCCACCUAUCAUCUCACCGAAUGCUACUACUGUCUGGAUAGUUGGCCAAAAAUACAAUGUGACCUGGAAUACAACAAACCCCCCAUCACAAAUCACGAACACAGUUGGUCGGGUAGUUCUCGCAGCGAAUGGCCUUGAGGACUAUGAAAACCCCCUAGCCGCCAACUUCUCCAUUCUUUUGGGUAGCAUUGAGGUGACCUGUCCGAAUGUCACCGCUGGAAAUGACUAUGCCAUUGUCUUGUUUGGCGACUCAGGGAACUUCAGUCCCAAUUUUACAAUAACUAACUAA